AUAGCUACAAAAAGCAGACACUUCGCUAAUCGCUAUCAGUCUCAUUCGUAGUCUAUUACCCAAUUUACGUAAUUCGCGGCUCUGUUCAGUCGGUAUCAAAAUAUUACAAAAAGAAAGAUAUGAAUUUCGCCGGCAAAGUUGUGCUCAUCACUGGAGCCAGUAGCGGCAUUGGGGCCGCCACGGCUGUCAAGUUAUCCAAGCUGGGAGCAACCCUGGCCCUGACCGGACGCAAGUUGGAUAAUCUGAAUGAUGUCGCCAAGGAAUGCGCACAGUCCCCCCUCGUUAUCCCCGGCGAUAUCACCAAGGAGGCCGACACCGAACGUAUAUUGAAGACGACUAUCGAGAAGUUCGGGAAGUUGGACGUUCUGGUUAAUAAUGCCGGAAUACUGGAAACUGGAACGAUCGAGACGACCAAUUUGGAGCAGUUCGAUCGAGUGAUGAACACCAACAUCCGAUCGAUCUAUCAUUUGACGAUGUUGGCAGUGCCGCAUCUUAUCAAAUCGCAGGGAAACAUUGUGAACGUGUCCAGCGUGAAUGGAAUCCGUUCGUUCCCGGGAGUGCUGGCGUACAACAUUUCCAAGGUGGCAGUCGAUCAGUUCACUCGUUGCGUUGCGUUGGAACUGGCUGCCAAGAAUGUUCGUGUGAAUUGUGUCAACCCGGGCGUCACGGUUACCAAUCUGCAUAAGCGCGGUGGCAUGGAUGAGGAAGCAUAUAAGAAAUUUUUGGAGCACUCGAAGAAUACACAUGCGAUGGGAAGACCUGGCGAAGCUUCGGAGGUUGCCGACGCGAUCGUGUUUCUGGCCAGCAAUUCUGCUUCGUUUAUCACUGGUACAAGCUUGCCGAUCGAUGGCGGACGCCAUGCCAUGUGUCCUCGCUAAGAUACUUGUUUUCUUAAGAUCAGAUAAUGUGCAUUGAAAAACGAUUGUCAGUUGAAAUGGUUGCAUUUAUAUUUUACAUCAAAUUAAACUAUAUUUUGUUCUGCUUUGUUAUUUGGUAUUUGCAUUAUAGUUAAUAAAUUGCAAUAUAAUAACCAUAAAA